GGAUUUAUACUUGAUUGCUUAAUCUGUUGUUUGAAAAGGUUUACACAGAAAGGCUUCCUGCCCACACAGAUCUUAGCAUGGAUGAGAACCGGAGCAGCUCAAGGCCGGCAUCUUCCCAGUGCCAUUCCCCUCCUGUGAACCCCUUGAGAAAUAUGGUGCAAUAUUUCAAGAACCUUAUCAAGAACUCAGUAUCUCCAAAGUUUCGUGUAUGGGUAAAGGACUACUGCAGAAGGAACGGCUUGCUCACCUUAUCACUGUUAGCAGUGAUGUCGGGUUGUGUAGUGGGAUUCACAUUAAGAAGCUUGAACUUGUCAACACAGGCAAAAAUCUACUUUUCUUUUCCUGGAGAACUUCUAAUGAGAAUGCUAAAAAUGUUGAUUCUUCCUCUCAUCACAUCCAGUUUAAUGUCUGGCUUGUCUGCUAUGGACACCAAGGCCAGUGGACGCCUGGGCCUUCUCACCAUCACAUAUUACCUGUGGACUACCUUCAUUGCUGUAAUCGUGGGGAUUAUUCUGGUACUGAUCAUUCAUCCCGGAACCGGCACUGAAAAAGAGGGGCAUAAAGCCCCAGGAGGGCCAGUGAUGACGUCUGCUGAUGCCCUGCUUGAUUUGAUCAGGAACAUGAUUCCAUCCAAUCUGAUUGAAGCCACAUUUCAGCAGUAUAAAACAGAGCUUGUGCCCAAUUUUAAAAACAGCGAAAAAUCAUCACAAACCAACUUUGUGUACAUCAUGCCAGACUAUGAAAACCCCAAAAUGGGUCACCCAGUGUUUCUUGAACUCACUCCUCCUCCUGAAAUCCACUACAAGAUUGUACCAGGGAAAAGCAAUGGGAUGAACGUGCUAGGAAUCGUCAUUUUCUCUGCCACUAUGGGUCUUCUGCUUGGUAGAAUGGGAUCCAGAGGUUUACCUCUAGUAAAUGUGUGUCUUUGCAUCAAUGAAUGUGUCAUGAAGAUCAUCAAUGCUGCUAUGUGGUACUUCCCAUUUGGAAUCGUAUUUCUGGUUGCUGGGAAGAUCCUGGACAUGCAUGAUCCUGCAGUCCUUGCGGAGAAGCUGGGGAUGUACUUCAUGACUGUUCUGGCGGGACUGUUCGUCCAUGGUGUGAUUUUGCUGCCACUGUUCUUCUUCCUGUUCACUGGGAAAAACCCCUUUAGCUAUAUCCGUGGCCUCCUCCAGGCUCUGGUUAUCGCUUUGGCAACUUCAUCCAGUUCAGCUACUUUGCCCAUUACAAUGAAGUGCUUACUGGAGAACUGCCACGUGGAUCGGAAAAUCGCUCGAUUUGUACUUCCUGUGGGUGCUACUAUCAAUAUGGAUGGCACAGCACUAUAUGAAGCAGUGGCAGCCAUCUUCAUUGCCCAGGUCAAUGAGUACGAGCUUGACUUUGGACAGCUAGUUACUAUUAGUAUCACAGCUACAGCGGCAAGUAUCGGAGCAGCUGGAAUCCCUCAGGCUGGUCUUGUUACCAUGGUUAUCGUUCUAACCUCAGUGGGUUUGCCUCCAGAUGACAUCUCACUUAUUGUAGCUAUCGACUGGAUCCUGGACCGAUUUCGAACAAUGAUCAAUGUGCUUGGAGAUGCGUUAGCCGCAGGAAUCAUGGCUCAUUUGUGCAGAAAGGACUUCCAGAAAGACAUCCCAUAUAUAAAACAAUUUUUUUAA